GUGACGCUCAACUCCUACAUAUAUAAAACAGUAAUGGCUGUUCAAUUAGCAAAGAAGCUAUAGUCGGUUAAGAAGAAGAAAGGAGGCUGCAGGAACAAAGGGGGGAACUCGCUCAAGGGGGAAAGUCAUUUUAAACAACUGGAAGUUCAAAAGAUGAUAGCAGAUUGACGUAGUCCUGAAUUUCACCCCUUCUGCCUCGCUCCCCAAAACCUUGCAGGAGAGCUGCCGAAGGCGGAGGCUCUUCUCGUACCUCUCAAACCGAAAAGGGAACAUGAAAGAUGAAAUAGCCGUGACUGUGUUCUUCGUCACACGCCUCGUGAAGAAGCACAACAAGCUGAGCAAGCGCCAGGUGGAGACGUUUGCCUCCAAGCUGACGGCCACUCUCUUCGAAAAGUACAAAACCCACUGGUAUCCGGACAAUCCCUCAAAGGGGCAAGCUUAUAGGUGUAUCAGGAUAAACCGGUGCCAGCCAAGAGAUCCACUGCUGGACCAGGUAUGUGCGAAGAGCAAAGUGGACUUUGAGAGCCUCGGUUUGCCAAAGGAGAUGACCGUCUGGGUAGAUCCAUUUGAUGUUUGCUGCAGAUACGGGGAGAAGAACCCGCCUUUCACCGUGGCUCACUUUGAAGAGCACCAAGAGGACCACAGGCUCUCUCAGUGCAUCAGGCAUGCUGUGGAAAAGGCCUCGGCUUCGGAAGCCCCCGUCGGCUCUUCCUCGGAUGAGGAGGGCUCCGCCACGGAGCCCAGGAGCAUCCCGACGGUUAGCAACCCCAACAGCAUCUACCAGUGUGGAGGCUCUUUUCAGGUCUGGUCGCAGUAUUCCCGGAGAAAAGCGCACACCUCCGAUGGAGUCCACCAGAAUCCUGCUGGCACGUCCUAUCUUCCAUAUAAGACCUAUAAAUCCUGCCGGCCACCCGCCCCUUUUGCUGGCCCGCGUGUAGACAGAUACCACUGGGUCAAUGCCCACCGAUAACGCUGCGAUCCAGUCUCCCUUGUGAAGUCCGAGGUUUGCAAGGACGUUGGAACUUUUCACCAGGAGGAAAAAAGCCUCUCCAAACAAUACCAUCCCUGUCUUGUUCUGUCCCCAGCUCUCCUUUUUUAAAAAAAAAUUAAUUCUGUGUUUGUGACUUUUAAAAUACACACUGCAAGGCUAAACUCUUUUUAAAAGUGAUUUUAAAUGUAUUUUAGUGGUAAGAUUAGUGGAACGCGUAAAAAGGAAAUUGGUUUACUAAUAAAA